GACAGGCUCUGAGAAUCACUGUUCUGCCAUGAGAGAAAACUGAACAAAAUUACAACUUGCACCGAGAAGAAAGAGACUGUCUUUACUCAACUACAGGAAGGAAUACUGUUAUCAACAGAGGGUUUAACUCACUGCUGACUGAAUCAGAAUAAGUUUUUUUUUUUUACUUAAAAGUGAAAGCAAAUGUAAGAGUAUGUGCCAAAAUGGCAUCCAGCUCAUCUCUCCCAGAGGAGGGUCUCUCCUGUCCUGUGUGCUGUGACAUCUUUACAGACCCUGUCGUCCUGACGUGUAGCCACAGCUUCUGUAAAGCCUGCCUGCAGGAAUACUGGAAGGAGAAUAAGGAAAAGAAUUGUCCAGUUUGCAGAAGAAAAUCUUCAAGGGAUUUACUUCCUUCUAACCUGGCUUUGAAGAACCUGUGCGAGUCCUUCUUACAGGAGAGACGUCAGAGAGCUUCAUCAGGGACUGAGGUGCUCUGCAGUCUGCACAGUGAGAAACUCAAGCUCUACUGUCUGGAUGAUAAACAGCCAGUGUGUUUGGUGUGUCGAGACUCAGAACUACACCUUAACCACAAAUUCAGACCCACAGAUGAAGCUGCACGAAAUCAUAAGGAGAAACUCCAGCCUGCUCUGAAAUCCUUACGGAAGAAGCUGGAAGUCUUUAAUAAGGUUAAACAUACCUGUGAUCAAACAGCAGAACACUUUAAGAUUCAGACCCAGCACACAGAGAGGCGGAUUAAGGAGGAGUUUCAGAACCUUCACCAGUUUCUACAAGAGGAAGAGGAGGCCAGGAUUGCUGCACUGAGGAAGGAGGAGAAGCAGAAGAGUCAGGUGAUGAAGGAGAAGAUUGAGGGGCUGAACAGAGAGAUAUCAACACUUUCACACACAAUCAGAGCCAUAGAGGAGGAGCUGAGAGCUGAAGACAUCUUAUUCCUGCAGAACUACAAAGACACAGUGACAAGAGCCCAGUCCACUCUGCCGGAUCCACAGCUGGUCUCAGGAGCACUGAUAGACGUGGCCAAACACCUGGGCAACCUGACCUUCAGAGUCUGGGAGAAGAUGCAGGACAUUGUCACAUACACUCCUGUGACUCUGGACCUCAACACUGCCCACCCAGCCCUCAUCCUGUCUGAGGAUCUGACCAGUGUGAAAGUCAGUCUGGAGAGACAGCAGAUUCCUGACAACCCAGAGAGGUUUGACAGAUAUAGAUGGGUCCUGGUCUCUGAGGGCUUCAACUCAGGGACACACAGCUGGGAUGUUGAGGUGGGAGACAGUACAGACUGGUACUUGGGCGUGGUAGCCGAGUCUGUCCAGAGGAAGGGAGACAAACUGGGUGGAUACUGGGGAAUUUGGUUCUACAACAGUGAAUACACAGCAGCAUCCUCAUCAGGACCAGUCACUGUUCUCACAGGGAGACAGAAACCCCAGAGGAUCAGAGUGAAGCUGGACUGGGACGGAGGAAAGCUGGCAUUCUCUGACCCUGAUAGGAAGACACACCUGCACACAUUCACGGACACCUUUCCUGAGAGAGUUUUUCCAUGCAUUGGUACUGGCUGCCCUCUCCACCCUCUGAUGAUCUCACAAGUGAAGGCCUCUGUAGCCGUCGAACAGCAGAGUCAUCAAAGAUGGCACCACCUCUAUCUGGAACAGUAGAACAGCAUGUGUUUACAACCUUCCUGUCAUGAAGAUUACCAACCUAUAACAUGAGCAUCAAGGUAUAAAGAACAAAGAUCAAUAUGAGUGAGGGAAUUAUAGGUAGGGUGUUCUUAAUGAUUUACAGGGUCUGAAUUCAGAAGUAAUUUAGUUAUGUGGUAAAAAUCUAAUAUCUAUGGAAGCCCAUUUCCGCCAGUAAAAAAAAAAAAGUUGACAAAUUAAGUCAUAAUUAUGAGAUACUAAGUCGAAAUUAUGAGAUACGUAAGUCAUAAUUAUGAGAUACUAAGUCAUAAUUAUGAGAUACGUAAGUCAUAAUUAUGAGAUACAGUGCGUGUCCACUACAGCAGAGCGGGCGGCGCGGAGCGUCGGCUUCCAAUUCAUUUUCAAUGAAGCCUGGCGUUGCUGUUCAGAACAAAGUCCCGAAAUGUAACGAGCCUGAAUUUAAAGAUUACAUUAAAAUAAUAAUGAAUGGUGCAGGGUUGCCGAUGUUGUCAGUGUCCCUGGUGUGUUUUUAUACUCAAUUUAAAUUAAUUCUCGUCACAUUACGUGACUGUUCUGUGCCACUGCUACUAGCUCGCUAGCCCAGCAGACAUACAACUGGUUGAGUGACCGGUGGCGUAACAUGUCUACUGUAAUCUUGCACUAGUAAAAUAUUGUGUAUUUUUACACAAAUGUUGUGUAAAAGUGGUAUUUUGAUCGAUAUUGUGAGUACAUGAACCCAAGUCUGCACGCUUGGCUUUGACUACAACAAUAGUGACCUUAGAGAACUAGUACAACUCUGUAUUAACCUGUCGGACACGCCUCCGAGCGUGAACUGUGGGAAGGCAAGCAGUGCAAAAAAACGCUGUAGUUAGUAUCUCAUAAUUAUGACUUAGUAACUCAUAAUGACUUACGUAUCUCAUAAUUUCGAUUUAGUAUCUCAUAAUUAUGACUUAGUAUCUCAUAAUUAUGACUUACGUAUCUCAUAAUUAUGAUUUACGUAUCUCAUAAUUUCGACUUAGUAUCUCAUAAUUAUGACUUAAUUUGUCAUCUUUUUUAUUUUUUUACUGGCGGAAAUGGACUUCCAUAAAUAUCUGUAUGUAUACAGUAGCCUACAUUUACACAAUUCCAAUAGCAUUGUAUUUUGUUCUAGCCUACUCAUAUUUUCCGAAUCAAAUGCUUAGUCAACUUACUAUAUUAUUCUAUUUGUUUACAUUUGAACAUGAAUCCUAACUGCUGUUGUUUCUUAGUGUUCUAAUAAAAUAUGAUGA